GCUGAUGAGUUACACAUGCCUUCCCUGCCAGAGAUGAUGUUUGGAGACAAUAUCCUAAGAAUACAGCAUGAUCGUGGUUUUGGAAUCGAGUUCAAUGCAACAGAUGCUUUAAAAUGUGUCAAUAAUUGUCAAGGUAUGAUCAAAGUGGCUUGUGCAGAGGAGUGGCAAGAGAGCAGGAGUGAGACUGAGCACACUAAGGAAGUUGUCAAGCCAUACGAUUGGACUUACACAACAGACUACAAAGGAACAUUGCUGGGAGAUACUGCAACAUUAAAGGUUGUUCCUACAACAGAACACAUAAAUACAGAGAAAUUGAAAGCCAGGGAACAAAUUAUGUUUUUUGAAGAAGUACUUCUGUUUGAAGACGAACUUCAUGAUCAUGGAGUAUCAAGUUUGAGUGUAAAAAUAAGAGUUAUGCCUUCCAGCUUUUUUGUGCUGUUGAGGUUUUUCUUGCGAGUUGAUGGGGUACUUAUCAGGAUGAAUGAUACAAGGCUUCAUCAUGAGGCUGACAAGGCCUACAUGUUGCGAGAAUAUACAUCCAGAGAAAGCAAAAUAUCAAGUUUAAAGCACGUUCCACCUUCCCUGUUCACGGAACCUAACGAGAUCUCUCAGUAUCUACCCGUAAAGGAGACAAUCUGUGAAAAACUAGAAUUCCCAGAGAAGCUGGAGCCUAAACCAGAAGCAUCACUGGAAACCAUGUGUGUUAAGUCUAAAUAAAUGUGACUUUAUAUGGACUUGAAGUAGACUGGAGAUAACGUGAUCAUGUAACCAUUGCCAUGGGGGCUGUUUCACUACUAGUGGAAUAAAGAAUUUGGCUAAUUUUUCUGUAGCCCUGAGAGAAAACAUUUCAAGCAGGUUUUGCUAAUGGUGUUUUUCGUUUGUUUUUGUUUUAACCUGUAUCUGGAGUUAAUGAUAGACUGGUGGUGAGUUACAGUUUUCAACGGCAUUGGAGAGACUCUCACAAUUAGGAGUCUGGGUUCCGUUUAGUUCACCGGUUAGGCAGGAGUAUUGUCUGGACCCUCCACCACAAACACUUCUAUGAAGGUUUUGUUAUUGCUGCUUCAGAUAUUAAGAGACUACUGGAGUUGUAAAAUUGGCAUGCUUUUAUUUUUAUUGAGAAAUCAUCCACAGUAUAAAAAAAAAAAAUUUCCUUUGCAUUUAUUUUGAGCUGUCAGUCCUAAACUACACAUUUUGUUUGGUUUCCCCUACUGUGAGCUGAUAACCAACUAAAUUACUUUUUCGAGUCUCUGAUCCAGACUCCAACCUCAGAAUAUUCAUUUCAUCUGAGGAUAGGUUUAAGGAGAAAAAAAAAAUUGCAUUUGUUUGACACUGUAUAAAGGUAAAAUUACCUUAUUUGUGAGGCAUUAACUCCAGAGCAGGAGAAAAGCUGGAGGUUAACAGAGACACACACUGGUAAGUCUCUUCACAAAUACUAGUUUAAUCUGAUGUCAGCCAGAUUUCUCUAGGCAGUUCUGGAGACUAUUACUUGGGGUCUGUAUGCUGCUACAGUCAUGUACUGUAUUGGAAACGCAUUGUACUGUAUUGACCUUCUGUUGGACAUAUCGGAUGGUGCCCACAUGUGAUGGUUAUACUGCCCUGACAGUCAAAUUGCUAAAUUGCAGAGUGGCUUAAGGCUGGGGAACAGAGGGGUGUUUAGUCUCUAAUCCCUAAAGGAUGCUGGUAUUUGCAGCUUGAGAAACAAGAUCCUAUAUAGCCUUAAAAGGAUGCUAACAUGUAUUCCAGAUACGUCAUUUUGGUUUAUUUUUAAAAUUCUUUAAGUUCUGAUAUUAAUAGAAGUGUGACCACAUGUAUAGUCAUGGUUUUAACUCAACACUUUGUAGAUUAAACUUGAAAUAUUUGUAAUGCUUUUGGAAAUCCUAAAUUAUGUUAAUGUUUUGGCCUAAGAAUGGGGCAGCUAACAGACUUGUCGAGGUUUACUGCUCACACUCGAUGAAGUGCAAGAAGCAAAUGACUAGCGAAAAGCAGGCGUUGUGGUUUAAGGUGAUCGCAGAUAAGAAUGCAUACACAUUCUGAUGUCUUGGGAGUUUUUGUUUAAAAAUCUUCAUAUUCUACACUGCAUGGCUUAAUAGAAACAACCCACCCCAAAACCUGGUAUUUAACCAGGUCUUUUGAGAAAUGGUUUUCACUUAGAGAAGGCCCUAAGGUUUCUAGAAAAGUCUGCUGCCAUCCAAGUGACUGUUUUCUUAAUAAAAACAAACAACACACUUCGUUUCACUUUUAUUUGAGGCAGCCUGGUCUAAUGAAUUGAUCAUAAGGUUGAAAGGCAGGAACUAACUGCAGUUUUUCCUGUGUCACUGAUUUACUCUAACCACGGGGAAGUCACCUCCCUGUUCCUCAGUUCCCUGUAUGUAAAAAUGAGAGUUAAUACAUGCCUACCUCACUGAGGGUCUGUGAGGAUCAUUUUGUAAAAAGUUAUUGAUUAGAAUCUUUUUUUUUCCUGAAUACACCUUCAGCCUUAUCUUUGGAAUCCUUUGGAAAGGAUUACUGCAAAAAAUCUUACAAUCCAUAGGAUAAAAUGAGUGAACAGAACUGAAAUUAAACAGUCUCUGAAAGCAAUUAUUAUCAGCUGGACAUGAUCUGGGUGACUGAAUUUAUGGCCACUUUGAAACAGAAGUGAGGUCCUCUGUAUUCCCCAUUAGAGUCCUAAAUUCUGUUGGCUUUUUUCAUCUUCUUGCACUUGUUUCCUAAAGAUUUUAGUGUCAGGAUGAAGAAGGGGCUGCAAAUGAAUGCAGCAUGGAAGUGAUCAAAAUUCAUUUGGUAAUAGAAAAUUAUUUAGGUCCACUCCAGUGAUAGUGGGAUAUGGGGAGAGAGUGAAAAGGAGGGGAACAACGAAUGGGGGUGAAGAGAUAUUUUGCUGGUAGAAGUAAAUUAUGGCACUUCUUUUACUCUAAGCAUAUAUUAUUUUACAUGCCUUAAAGGCUUAUAAAAACACACUUUAAAGCCGGUAGUGACUGAGAGGAGAGUUGAUGUCAUGCUAACAUGAAGGAAACUAUAUCUGCAUUAGUUAAUUAAAAUUGUGAUUUGGGUUUGGUCAGUGAUGCUAACAUUAAGCUCCACUGGGCUAAAUUAUAGUGGGGGAGGAACCCACAGAAUUGACACCUAGCGUUGAAAAGGGUGCUCUGCAUGUUUAGCUUAUACUGUGUAUUUUAUCUUGUCCAUCAUACAUACUAAUUUGUGACCUGUUGAUAACAGUUGUCUUGAAUGGACUUGAAUCCUGGCUAUAUAGAUAUGUGAUAUCCAUCGAUUUUGGGUGCUGUGCAUUUAAGUGGAACACACAUGUUGGGGAAAUCACAAGAACAUGUUUAGGAAGUUACAGUUACUACAAAGUAAAACUUGGAGCACUUGGUGACUCUCUCAUACCACACAGAUUAUCAAGAAACAGUAGUAUAAACUGAUGUACCGCAAGCUCUCUGGUACAAAUUUUCCGCAGAAAAGUACCACUUUGGAUACAUAAUUUUAGGGGGAGGGAGCGGGGUGAUUCUCCAGCUGUUUUGUGGCAAGUUUAACAUGUGGCAAUUUAUAUUCUUUCUUGUAUGUCGCUAAAUAAAAUGUACCAAACAU